AUCCAGAAAUCGGUCGGCCAAGUUCACGGAGGUAGUAGAGAUACAGGCAUACAGCUGAUACAGACCAUGGGCAGAGGCAAACAAGUACCGUGAGUUGACCGUGGGCACUACCAACACUACCAAGUCCAAAGGCGUCAAAAAUAAUCCUAUGUCUAACUUGUACCAAACACUGAUUAUUGAAAGUUACCAAUUUACUAAUUAUUAAACAUAUUAUGUGACAGAAUUCGAGAAGAUCAAUAAAAAUCUCUGAAGAACUUAACACCACGUUACAUGAAAGCGUGAAAUAAAUGAGCAGACAAAGUGACACAACCUCAAAUUCCUGAAGUCGUAUGAAACUGCUUCGAGAGUGUAGAAAUUUAAGAGCAAGAAGAAACAAAAAAUAAUUCACAAACAGAAAUGAGUUCUCAACAAAGUCCAGCAGCUCUACAAGCGAGUGUUGAUCGGGAAAAAGUUUAUACGUGGAUUAUUGAACUGUCAAAUCCUGAAACCCGAGAGAAUGCGUUACUGGAGCUUAGCAAAAAACGUGAAGUUGUGCCCGAUCUUGCACCUAUGCUUUGGCAUUCUUUUGGUACAGCUGCUUCUCUUCUUCAAGAAAUAAUAAACAUUUAUCCUGCAAUUAAUCCUGCCACUUUAACUGCUCAUCAAAGCAACAGAGUUUGCAAUGCUCUUGCCCUGUUGCAAUGUGUUGCUAGUCAUCCUGAAACACGUUCUGCCUUUUUACAGGCUCAUGUACCAUUGUUCCUGUACCCAUUUCUGCACACAGUGAGCAAAACAAGACCUUUUGAGUAUUUGCGACUGACAAGUCUCGGUGUUAUAGGAGCUUUAGUAAAAACUGAUGAACAGGAAGUCAUAACAUUCUUACUUACAACAGAAAUCAUACCUCUCUGUUUGAGAAUCAUGGAAAGCGGUUCGGAACUCAGUAAAACAGUUGCCACAUUUAUACUCCAAAAAAUUCUGCUUGAUGACAGUGGGCUUUCAUACAUUUGUCAAACUUAUGACAGAUUUAGUCAUGUCGCUAUGAUUCUUGGGAAAAUGGUUUUGUCGCUCGCAAAAGACCCUUCCGCUAGACUGCUCAAACACGUUGUUCGAUGUUACUUGAGGCUUUCCGACAAUGUCCGAGCCCUUUUAGCUCUCAGGCAAUGUUUACCAGAUCAGUUGAGGGAUAACACAUUUGCAACAUGUCUUCAAGAAGAUAAAUCGACGAAACACUGGUUGAAUCAAUUACUGAAGAAUCUGGAGACAGGACCACAGCAAGUACCUCCUCCUCAGCCAGGCCAGUCUGAUCCAAGAGCCAUUGGCAUGUCACCACUAACAUCAUAGGCUUAUGAUAGCGGUGCAUUGAAAAAAUAUUCAAUUGAAUUGCAUUCAUAAUAUAGUCGUUGCAUGAGAUUGAAAGAAAAAUCGAAUACCUUAAUGGACAAGAAAAAUAAAAAACGAACCGAAACAGCAACGAAGUAGUAUUCGUUAUUGACGACGAUUUUACUUUUGUAAUUUGAAUUCGUUGCUCUCCACGGUACUUGGAUUUUAUGUAUGAGAAAAACAUUGAAAGAAAACACUCCAUGAUUGAUGCGGACUCAAGAUUGUAAAAAAAAGAUUAUAUUUCCAUAUGUUUUUAUAUGGCUUUGUUAAGCAUAUAUGUAUAUUAAGUAUUUCGCACCGAUUUGACGAACUUUCUUCCCAAACCCUACCAAUUCAAUGAAUUUUUUUUUAUAUGACUACAUUGAAUCUCAAAGAUACUCUGAAUGUUUUGUAGAUUUUUUAAAAUAGUGUUUAAAAAAAAACUCUAAAAAACCUAUUUCUGACAAUCUAAAAAACUCACAAAAACCUAUUAUUAUGUGUAGAAAUCUUCAAGCUGUCACUCUAAGUGAAAGUAUGAUUUUUUCUUCCCUCAAGAACUCGAGAACUGCUCUAUUUGAGCUAAUUCGAUAAGAAAUUGUCAAACAAUUCGUCUGAUAUAUAAAAAUAUUUAAACAUCGGACCACGGUUCACGAAUUUUUCAGAAUUGUUUUAAUGUUGAUUAUAAAGCAUAAAAAAUCAUACUUUCGCUACAGGUGAUAGCUUGAAAUGCAUAAUAACGAAUUCUUGGGAACGUUUUCAGAUUUUCAAAACUUUUUUCAAGUGGUCGUGUAUUUUUCAGGGUGUCUUUCACACUCAAUGUGAGCGUAUCAGAAAGUCAAGUUAUCAGGGUUCGAGGAAAAGUAUAUCCAAUCGUUGUAGAAUAUCUAAUAUGUACUCAUGUUUACUCAGAUGUAGGGCCCCAAAACAAACUUUGGCAAUUUUUAGGGUAGUCAGAUUGUAAAAUUCUUAAGGGAAAAUUCUACGAGUAUUUGGUUUAAGCCUUAUUAUUAUUGAUAUACAAUAAUACUCUAUUUUAUUCUCGCUGACUCAGUUCUUACAUCAAAAGUGAGCUGACCAUGUAGCUCUAUACAAUUGACAGUUGAGAUAUUAACUUGGGUUGAAUGAAAAAUGCCAGUGUACCAUAUUGUUAGUGUUCCUUUUCUGUACGAGGCAAAAGCCUCCUGCACCAAUGAAGAACAAGGCAUGCUUCGUCGACCACAAAUUGAUGUAAUGUAUUUUUAUCUGCUAUUGUCAAUUAACUGGAAUCUCACGGUCAGUACACUUUAGAUGAAAUGCUGAGACUCUUCAGGAUGUAACGAUUAUUGUACUCAUAAGUCAUAAAAUCCUAUCUCCGAUACUGUAUAUAUGACCGGAUUUGUGUAUAUUAGAUACAUAAAUAUAAACGUGUAAUAUAUAAACUACAACAUUACAUGCUCAUUAUGAUCUGAAAUAUUAUGUAGUCUUAUUCUUAAUCAGCAUGCAUAGCCAGAUGAAAUAUACACCUAUGUGCAGAUUUUUUA